UUGUAUUAUUAUGAACAUAAAGUUCUAAAGUGAUUAUAAUUUCAUUGCAGAUUUGCAUCAUACAAGCAUUUCCAGGCCUUUUGGCAAUUGGUGGAGCCUGCUGCAACAACUAAAAUGGUACGGAUCACCAGUGUCCAUGCUGCCUCCAAAGAACCUAGCCUUCUGAGACCAUCAAGACUAGCACCGAUAGAUGAGUUACUGCUUUUCUUGAUGCACCUUUCUGUGGGCCUGCAUUUGAGGGACCUAGCCAAACGCUUCAACAUCCAUACCACCACAGCAAGCAGAAUAAUUACAUCGUGGACACAUUUCCUCUAUUAUCUACUGGGUUCCAUCCGCCUGUGGAUACCACCAGAGGAAUUAAAGGCUCAUCUACCACCUGAGUUUGCUUUGUUCCCAGACACACAAGUGGUGCUUGACUGCACAGAAAUCUUUUGCCAAACUCCCUCUUCUCUUCUUUUGCACAGCGAAGUCUACUCCCCAUACAAGUCACACACCACUUUCAAGGCCAUGAUUGGCAUUGCACCUCAUGGUCCCAUCACCUUUGUGUCACCUCUGUAUGCAGGUUCCAUGAGUGACCGGGAAAUUUUUAAGCAGUCAGGAAUAGCCAAACUCCUCACACCAGAGAUGGCCAUUAUGGUUGACAAAGGCUUUCUUGUGGACAAUCUCUUCUCUGGAAAGGUUUACCGACCUGCUUUCCUUGCAAGAAACAAACAGAUGACCAAAGAGGAUGUCCAGCAGACACAGUCUAUUGCCCGUGUGAGAGUGCAUGUUGAGAGGUGCAUCAGGCGAGUAAAAGAGAACAAACUGUUUGAUAAAGUCAUUCCUCUGUCAGUGUGUGGGAGCAUUGACCAGUUGUUCACCGUCGCUUGUCUCUUGGUGAAUUACCAGAAUGGACCACUGGUUAAGGCAUGGGCAACACAGAAAUGAAUGGACUAGAAUUUUUAUGAAUCAGUUUACAAUCAGUUCCAAUUUCUUUG